AUGGCAAAAAAAAUAAUUGUUUCGAUACUAAAAACAUGGAAAGGUUUAAUAUAUUUAGGUUAUUAAAAAUUUUUAUUAAGAUCAUUAUUUUAAACAUUAAGAUAACCAAUUUUUGAAUAAGUAAGAACAGGAAUAUAAGAAAUAAUUGGAGAAUUAUUAUCUUUUGGUUCUACAUUAUAAUAAUAAGUUACUAGCUUUUCAUGUUAAAAUUUACUUAAUUAAUAUUUGAUGGUUUUAACUUAAUUAUUUUUAGAUUGUGAUUUAUUUGCUGUGCUAAUUGAAUUAUCUGUUUUAGACGAUACACUUAAAUAAUUAAGAUCUUAAGAAUAAUUAAAAUAAUUAUCAUUUUUAAUGUACAAUUUAAUUCCUAAUUGUUCUAAAUAUACAGAUUUUUUACUUUCUUCAGUCCAUAAUGAUUAUUCUUUCAUAGAUUUAAAAGGAAAAUGUUCAAGUAUUGUAAAUUGUAUGAGUAAUUAUGUUUUUGAUACAAAAAUGUAAACUAAUAGCCAUUCCUAAUUAAUUUAUUAAUGUGAGAAUUUUUUUCAUUUUACAUAAUUAGGAUUACCAUCUCAUCGUAUAAAUAAUACUUAAUAUAUAUUUUAGGAAGGUAAAGUAUUAGGAAAUGUUGAAUAAAAUAAAGAAUUUCUUUAACUUUUGGAAAAAUCUUAUAUUCAUAAAGAAAAUGUUAAAUGGAACUGGACAAUUAUAUAUGAAAUAAUUAAAAAAUAUUUUUCUUUGAAAUGGUAGGAAUUAAAAGGCAAAUUUGUUAAAAAAUUAAUCCUUUAUUUUCAUCCGAAUCAAUAAUAUUUUAUUUCUCUUGAAUGGAAGUAAUAAAAUUUUAUUUAGGCUAAAGUGGGAUAUGCUUUAAUAUAUAAUUUACUUAAAAUACCAGAUGGCGCUUUAAUGCUUUCAGUGCCAUAAACAGAUACUAUUUGUAUAAACAGAAGUUUUAUGGGCGAACUUUAUCAUAUUUUAGCUAUUGAUAACGAUCAAAAUGUAAUUCACUAAGCUCAUCAUUUAUUAUAACCUUAAGAAUAUUCCACAAAAAUGAUAAGAGAAUAUAUUAGUUGGAUAGGGUUGUUUGCCUCUUUUAAAUAUGGUUAAAAGCUUUUAAAAGAUGCUAAAAUAUGGGAAACUCUAGAACUCUAUGUUAAAUAUUAAUAAAAAGAUCAUAUUCUUAUUCAUAUUUUAUUUUGCUUAGAUUAUGGAAAAUAAGGGCCAUCAAGAUCAUUUCUUUAUUUUUGUCUAUAAAACGGAUCUGAAAAUUUAUAAAAGGCUAGUUUAGAGCUAUUAAGAUUAUUAUAUAGAAGCGAGUUUGUAGAUUUCUUUUAAUAUGGAAUAGAAAUUCUUAUUUAAAAAAUGGAUUCACCCACAAGAGAAUUAAGGGAAAAAGCAUUGAGUGUAAUUUAUGAAGUUAUAAAAGAUACCGAUUAAAUGAAAUAAUUUUUGAAUUUAAAUCCAAAUUUAACUGAUUUAUGUGAAAACGAUAACCCUUUGCUUUAUAUAAUAAUGAAAACAAGUUAAGGCUUUAAUUAUUUACAAGAAAAAUACAAUUGGAUUGAGAAAAUGGUUUAUAAAUGGGAAUCUAAAUUAAAUGAAGAAUAUGCUGAAAAGCUAGAAAAAUGCCUCAUUAAUUAAUUAAAUUUUAACUAAUAAAACUAAGAUUUAAAUUCUUUUAUUUUUCCUAAUAUGUUUAAUAAUAGCUAAUCUUAAUUUUUCGCUUUUGGAUUUAUUCAUAGAAUUCCUUGGAUUUUGAAUAUUUUAAUAGUAUGUGAAGAGUUUUAAUAAAAAAAUUAAUAUUAAAUAUAUAUAGGCUAUAAAGGAGAUUAAAAUGUUUAAUAUAUUGUUUUAACAGGAUAUCCACUAUAUAAUUAGAAUUAAUAAUAUAUUAGAUUUAAUUAAAACUUCACCGUUUCAUUAAAUUUAUAAAUUGGAAAAGUAAUUUUUUUUAUAUUAUUUUUUUUUUUUGUUUAAAAAAAAUAUAAAAAAGCAUUUUAUUGA